UUCAACAUGGCGACACAACAAACUGAAGAGGUGGAAGCAAUGGAAAAUGUGAACCGAACUUUGCAUCCUGGCUUCAGCAACGACAAGUAUUCUCUGCUUGUCAUUGUCGGUGAACAUAGUCGGACUGGACUUGUGGACUACGUGGUUGCAGAGAUAGAGAGAGGCAUCCGCUCAUGGGGCGUGGACCUGACAGCCUGUAACCUGGAUGAGCAGCUCAAGCUAUUUGUGUCGCGACACUCUGCCUUCUUCUCAGAGGAAAUAAAAGGUCAGAGGACACUACAGCAUGGUGGAGAUGUUCUGGAUACCCAGGUGAUGGUGAACCCAUCCCAUGAGUUGGUCUGCUCAGAGGUGCGCCGGCUUAUAUCUGAUGUGUCUCGCCACAAGUUGUUGGUUCUUGCUGGACAAUGUGUUGAAGAGGCAGGAGAUCUUGUCUUACAAACAGGAUGUUUCUCUCUGAGUGACUUCAUUCACAUAUUUGCUGAUGAGGAGAUUGGAGAGUUGUUGAGCUCUGCAGAUCCCACACAAAAAGCUAACCUCACGCUGAGUUGUCCCAACUCUGGGGUGUGGAAGAACUCUGUGUUGGAGAAACACAACCUACAAGACUUCAUCAACAUCAAAACAAACCCACCAUCAGUGCUACCUGAAAUGGAAGGUCUGCAAGAGUUCACAGAAUACCUCUCAGAGUCCCUGGAGCCACAGUCUCCGUUUGAGUUGCUAGAGCCCCCCAGUACUGUAGGCUUCCUCAAACUCUCCCGCCCCUGCUGCUAUGUAUUUCCAGGUGGGAGAGGAGACUCUGCCUUCUUUGCUGUUAACGGUUUCAACGUUCUGGUCAAUGGUGGGUCAGAUCCUCGCUCCUGUUUCUGGAAACUGGUUAGACAUUUGGACAGAGUUGACUCCCUGCUCCUCACUCACAUUGGGGCUGACAAUCUGCCAGGGGUGAACAGUCUUCUCCAAAGGAAAGCAGUAGAACUGGAGGAGGAACAUUCUACUGACUCUCAGAUCAAUGAGGACUGGAUGAAAAAUCUAAUUUCCCCUGAGAUUGGGGUCGUUUUCCUUAAUGCUCCAGAGAGAUUGAAGUCAUUCCGGAGUGAUCCCAAAGAACUGCGGAGCUGCGACCAAGUGGCACUCACUUUGCAACACCUUGAAAGGCUAACGAUCAAUCCAGAACCUCUUAGUCGCUCAAAUGGACCCAGCAUUGAUCCUCUUAUUCUUUUCCAGAAGAUGGGAGUCGGUAGACUAGAGCUGUACAUUCUUAACCCAGUCAAAGGCAGUAAAGACCUUGAGGCUUUCAUGAAGACCUGGCCCGGCAAUGGAUCUAACAUAAAAGGCUCAGAGAUGCCCCUGUCUUGCCUUGUCUCCAUCUGUGCUCUACUGGUGUGGCAUCCUGCCAGUCCUCAUGAGAAGAUCAUUCGAGUUCUCUUCCCUGGGUGUACUCCGCAGGCCAAGAUUCUUGAAGGACUUGAGAAAGUAAAGCAUCUAGAAUUCCUGAAACAUCCAGCCGUGAGCCUCAGGGACCUUGAAGCAUCCAAAUCAGAUAAACAACCAAAACGUGCAGAGAGUCGGGAGAGCCUUAAGUCCCUGCCCAAGGAUUCAAGACCUAGCAGUGCCUUGCUGAAGGACAAAGUUGGACGUGGGGAUGUUAAAAAGCAAGACAUAAAGUCCAAACCCAAGGCUCCAAGUGACAUUGCUAAUAAAGAAUGGAAGGAAGGGGAAGAUAAGUCCAAAUUGAAGGAUGGGGAUGCUAAACAAAGGCCUCCAAAGGCUGAAAAGCUUAUGCUAAAGAAAGAACCUUUAAAGGAUGAGAAAAAAGAAGUAAAAAAGGAUGAGAAAGCCUCCAUAGGUGUUGUCAAAAAGGAAGAGAAUUUGGAGAAAAAGAAAGAACCAGUUAAGAAAGAAACUCUUGGUCCAAGACCAAAGAAAGACAUCAAACAUGAUCAAAAGAAAGAUCUCAAGAAGGAGGUAAAGCCAGAGGAGAAGAAACCAACAAAACCACUCAACAAGGAUGUCAAAAAAGCGACACCUGGACCUUCAUUAGGAAACGCAGAGGCAAAAAAGCCUUUAGUCAAGAAUGGAACAUUGAAGAAGGAUGCAAUCCCCAAGAAAGACUCAUUGAACAAGGCGGCAAAGCUAAAGACGGAUAAAAAGGAGCCGGAGAAUCAUAAAGCUUCUGCCUCUGAGGGGGAUGCUGAUCGUUCCAAAAUGUCAACGCCUGAAGACAUGACAGCGGAAUUCGAGAACCUCAGAGCAGAAAAUGCAAAAUCAGAGGAAAGGACUGCUGUUGUAGUGAACACUAUAGCGGACAUUAAAGGAAUAGAGCAACCUGCGGCAGAGAAUGGAUCAAGAGCAAAUGCAGAGAGUGGGGACAUCUUGGAAAGUCCACAAAAGUUCACCUGCAUGGAGACACUGCCAAAUCCAGAGAAAGCCCUGGGAACCACUUCGCCUCUUGACAAAACUCCGAAAAGUGACCACAGCGUGAACUUUGAUCUCACACCAACUGAAUACAGGCUACUUGAUGGGGCCCUGAGAAAUGGGCAAGAAGAUGUUUGCACUAGCUCAGAUGAGAAGACUUUAGAGUUGGUCUCCCCUGCUGACUCAGCCCCUAAUAGCGCUGGGCAUACCCCUUUCCACCAAUCACCUGAAGAGGAUGCUCAGGGCUCUGGUGAGGACAGUAGUCCCGGGGGAAGGGUGCCUAGCAUUGGGUUUGAAGACUGCCACAUCAUGGGUUCUUGCAGGAACUCCGAGGUAGGCUCCUUGAGGGGGAACCUAGGCAACUCCAUGUCGUCCCAGGACAAACAAUCAAGUCUUUUGACACCGAGUCCCUUCAUGCUGCCUGACUCUGUCUCACCCAAUAUUACCUCCAUGCCUGCUGAAAUCGGUUCCCCACACUCGACAGAAGUUGACGAGUCUCUUUCUGUGUCUUUUGAACAGGUGCUCCCAUCUAUUGAUGAGUCACCCAAGGGAGACCAUAUGGACAGGUCCUACUCAAAUGGGCAUUUUGCAGAUUCUGACUCCAAAAUGGGGAUGCCCUUACCCUUGAGUACAUCUCAUAACACGCGUCCUCCAGGGGAUGGCUCAGAGGAACGCCUUCCUGGACUACAUGGUCUUCUCCCUGACAUUCCCCAUGAUGUCGACCUCUGCCUGGUCUCACCCUGUGAAUUCAAGCACUCCAAGUCCCCAGAGAACCAACAGCAGCAUCGGUCUCUAGGGCUAGCCACGGGUAGCCCGCGAGAACUCUCUGAAGACAGCAACCACUCCCAGGAGCUAGCUAAGCCACAAAGCGGAAUUAAUAGUGAUCGACAUUCACCUCAAGGUCAGGAGACCCCUCCCACGUCUGCUAGUGAAUCCCUCAACACAGCCACAGAUUCAGACAUACCCCCAGGGACUGAGGACUGCCCUUCCAUCACUGCAGACAUGGACUCAGACGAGGACUCUGGGAGUUUCCCGCCCCACCAUCCACAUGACCAUCCCAGCUCUUACUCCUCUAACAGGGGAGCACAAUAUUCCUCUCAGGACCCUCCCCCAGCCCCAAUGAAGGAUCUGCCCCCCUUGCCGCCCCAGCCCGGUACCUGCAUGACUGACCCUGAGGCUGAUGCACCAAGCAAGACCUCAAAGAGUGCCGCCAUAAAAACCAAGAAACCAGCCGGGGUCACACAGAGGUCAACGUCAGCCACCAGUACAGCUCUGAACAGCAAGACCAAGGCUGGCAGCACAACUGGUACAUUGAAGACCACCUCAAGCCUUGACACAAGGCCUUCAUCCCGCACGACCACUAGUGGUUCCAGACCUGGAACUUCAAAGUCAGUUUCUUCAGGUUCUCUGGGCAGUAAGGUCAGUGCAGCUGGAAGUGCACCAGUUUAUUUGGACAUGGCUUAUCUCCCCUCUGGUUGUGCCUCUGCCACCAUUGACGUGGACUUCUUCCGACGCCUGCGCUCCUCCUGCUACAUCGUCAGUGGCGACGAGCCCCUGAAGGAGUCAGUCAUGAGACCCAUUCUCGACGCUCUACUGGAGGGAAAGACUGUCUGGCCCGAUGUGCAGGUGACCCUGAUCCCCACCUUUGACUCGCUGACGAUGCACGAGUGGUACCAGGAAACCCAUGAGAGGCAGAGAGAGCUGGGUAUUACCGUGUUGGGCAGCAACAGCACUGUGGCCAUGCAGGAGGAGACCUUCCCUGCCUGCAAAGUGGAGUUCUGAGAGGGGUGAAACGAGAUGAAGCUACAAAUCCCUGCCCUCUCACCCACUCUUAAAUUGGGAUGGACUAAUAUCCCCCAUCUACAACUGAUGAUUUCCCACCCCAGCAUGCUUCAAGUAUAGCCUGGUGGAUUAGCAGGCCUUACUCAUCCUUUCAAUCUUAUCAAUAUACAUAAGACCCCAGCAAACACUCUGACCCAUCUUUGUCUUGGGUAUGUCUAUGCCAUGGAAAUGAAGGCAGAACAUGAAUAUGUCCAAGAGUCUUUGGUCUACCAACAUGAAGAAAGGUUGUUCAUUAUGAAUGCUAGGUAAGGUGGAGCUUAAAGACUGUCUAUAGUAACCGAAGGUCCUCACAUUUCUUACCAUUUAACCAGGUAGUUGUGAUCCAAAUCCAUGACAGCUCAAAGGAGACUAGUCGACAGCUGUGGGAAACCCUCUGCCUCAAUGGGACGGAACUCAUGAGUUCUUCAAGGGAACCACAGUGAGUGAAGGAGUGUUACAAUAUAAUAUGAUGUUAAAAGGAAGAGGUUGUGUGUGAGGAGGUGAAUAUGGGACAGAUGUCUCCUGGUGCGCUGGUAAAACAUGAGACCUCAGCACUUACUGAAGGACAACAUGUUUCUGCAUCCCAUUUUAGUUUCAUAGACUGUCUAUGAACAUUGAGGAGAUGGACAGUGUCUUUGCAGGUAAUGAUAUGCAUGUGAAUAGAAGAAUUACCCCAACAUUGACAAAAGUGUCCAAGUUUCAAUAAAACAUUUUUUGUAGAACAUUUAUAUCAGUCACUUUAACUCUUCAUGUAGAGUACACACUGUAUGGGGAUACAAUUUUGACAUUGUCUUUUUAAAUGAAAUAACUCGGUACAUUCUAGGUAAUGAUUUGUACUAAAAUGAAAUACUAAUACAUAUUGGUUGAUGGAAGGCAAUAAGAAAUGCAGUAUUUUAUGUACAAACUCAUGACAGAAUUACAGUUUUACUACUUGGUAGUUAUUUCAUUAGGAAGGACACUGAAUUAAGUGUAAACGCUACAGUAUAUUUCCACACUAAUAAAUCAGUUUUUUGUGAAACACGAUGUCUACUGCCGGCAGGUCUAGCUUUUCUGAUUAUGUCAAAAGUCAGGUCAAGAAGACCCUCAAUCUUGUUUGUAUUCAAUAAUAUUUUGCAUUGGUGCCCAGGAUAUCAACUGUAUCCAAACCCAUAUUUGAGUCCCUCUCCAAGACCAGAUGUUCUUGUAAUUGUAAAUGUAUGUCACAAAUGCGCAAUAGAGGGUAAGCUUCACUGAAGAGGGAUUCUUAGAUAUGCUAAUAGGGAAGUCAUGAGAAAUACAUUUUAUCUCAGUGGUUUAUUAUUGUGCAGAAGUGAAUAAAUGCUAAAACAGAUGUUUAACUAGAAAGACAAAUCUGUUAUAUCAGCAAUCGUUUGUGUAUUCAGUUAAUAGCAGUAGAAUGUACAGUAGACGGCUUUAUCUGUGAAUGUGGACACUUUUAGCCUAUUUCAAAACAGAUUGGGUCCAAAUGCAUGCCACCAGGCUUGCACAACCAUGCCCACAAUAUUACAUGUGGACCAAGCACUCACUGGGUUAUAAUGCUCUUUAUUGCGAAGGAUAUUUUCAUUUGAUUCAAGAAGAAGGAUUAUGAAAGGAUUUUAACAUUUAUUAUUACUCAAGUUAAAUAACUCUUACUCUUAGAACUAUUAUUUUCCAUUUUACUACAGUUGAAGUGAUCGUUUUUGUUGCAUGCAGAGUUAUACAAGCAUGCAGAUCUCACGUUUUCUUUUGUUAGUUUGUAAGUUCGAAUUGAAUAUCAGUUUAAUGUAAUAUCACAUCUGGUAUUAAAGCAAACUAAUGCCAUGGCUCAUCCAGAGCAUCACUGUAGACGUCUUCAUGUGAAAGGGUGUGUGCAGCCAGCCACAUUUAGGCAGAUCAUGGAUUUCCAAUUAUUUCAUACAGAAGAAUGUAAAAUCCUUUAUCUUAUCAAUUCAUUAACAAUUAUAUUUUAUUCAUUUUUCCUAAAUUAUUGAGUUCUCUUUAUAUAUCAAUAAUGUGGCAUAGCUACUUUCAUUUGCAAACCUUUGGUUAGCAACCGGCUGCUCACAUGAUAUCAUAAGCCAAUGGCAGGACAGAGCAAGCAGAACCGAUCUCAUUGUUGUUCUGAAAGAACAGCAUGUUUUUUGGAACUAGCCAUAAUAAGUCUGAGCAAAAAUGAUUGAAAAUAGAUUGCAUUUCAUUGGUCACUUAUUUGGAUAGUUAUUUCACACUAAUGGAGUUAAGAAUUAUCUCAUCGUUAACUCAACUUUGACUAUAACAAAUCAGUCCCAUCAUGUCCAUGUAAAGAUGUGUGCCAUGUGUCACAGGUUUUGGACUGCAUUGGUUUGGAUAUUGUGUGGCUCUUACGCCCUCUGCUGUCCAUAACAUUUCUUGGCUGUUCUGAAAGCUGUAUUCAUCGAUAAUUACAGUUGUGGCCAAAAGGAUAGCAUGGGCAGGGCCAUUGAGGGAUUCCACCAUUUUAAUGUAGUCAACUGGAUGGGAUUUCCAACUUCAUUGGCUCCUGGUGAUCCUGUUGAAGUCCUGUCCAAUUGGGUCAUCAGGAGGGAUCUGCCAAUUUGAAGAAGAAGAAAAUUGUCAGACUCUAUAAUGGCACAGAUACAAAGAUGAGUACUCCAUCUCUGUAGAUGUGUGUAUUUUGAAAGCAAUGUUCAGUGGUAUAUUUGGCUCAUUGGAAUAGUUCUAAACAUUGGCCCUGUAUUUCUGUGCCUCUGUUUCCAUCCCUGCGCCAUUAUAAUAAAAGUAUUUGAAUGAGAUACCUCUGUCAUAAUACAAGUGACAGUAGCACAUAACGAAUGUUCAAUCUGUAAAUCAGGCCCCAAAAUAAAUAAACACAUUUUAAGUUAAUAUGCUCCUUCUCUUUGGACAUUUUGAGAGUUAGUACAUUUCUUUAAUGCUAUUGUUUUUUUUGUGCUAUAUUUUUUCAUAGUUAUAUACACCUCUUUUCCCCUGCACUUAUAAAUGUAUGUUUGUCUAUGUCCAUACCCUGUUGGUGGUUCACACAUCACACUUGCAAGUUUCUGGACUUCACCCAGUAAAUGCUAUGAAUGUUGGUCAAAUUUUCCAAAGACUGCUGGUUUCCCCAGUGUCAAGUGGGUGGGGUGGUUAGUUGCAUAAUGACAGUGGAUAUAUAAUUCAGUAUAGAAACACUAAUUUUAGUUUUUUUCUUUUUCAAUAAAUAUACCCCUUUUAUAAAUCUGU